GUUCUCGGAAUCUUGAAUCUUGACGGUGUUGUGCUGUGAAACGUCGGUCACUCGAUGCGGUCCUGUGUAAAGAUGGAAGAAUUUUUUAGUUAACUUGCCUAGGGCAUCUGAAGAUUUAUGUGCUUUUACCAGUACUUCAUCUCCGACUUCAUAUUUGAAUUUCUUUGUAGCCUUGUCAUGGUAUUUUUUCCUUUGUUUUGCGGAUUUGUCUAACCUAUUGCGAACCAGUUGGUAUAAGUUUGGGUUAGGUUUAUCCGGAUUUGGAAACUUGAUUAGGCUCUGAAUAAAUGAUUCGUUUCUUGUGCCAAAUAUAAUUUCGUGGGGAGUGUACCCGGUACUAUCACUCACACAGUUAUUAAUGCAGUGUUCUAGGAACGGUACAUAUUUGACCCAUUGUUGAUGACGGUGACUGCUAUAUGCCCUCAUAAAUCUUGAAAUUUCUUUCAUUUUUCUUUCCACUGGGUUUGCACUGGGAGUGUACGCCGAGACUCUUGACGUUUUAAUGCCGGCUUGUUCUAAAAUUUGUUUCCACUUGGCACUGCAAAAAUAGGUUGCGUUGUCUGACAAUAUGCGCUGUGGUUUACCAACUUCAUUGGUCCAUCUUUCGGUGAUGCAUUUGGCUAAUUUUUCACCAGUGAUUUUACCAAUAGGGAAGAACAUUGUAUAUUUUGAGAACAAGCAGGUUAAGACAAAAAUAAAGCGUUUUUGGUGUAUAGACUGAGGUAGUGGCCCAUAGAUGUCAGCUGAUAUUAAUUCAAGUGGUUGUGAGGGUAAGAUAGGUAUCAUUUCUCCUGCUAUAUGAAAACGGUUAUGCUUUGUUUUUUGACAGAUGUCGCAGGCUCUUAUUAACUGUGUAACCUUUUUGUUCAAUCCUUUGAAGUAACAACACGUUUUCAGGGCAUGUAUUGUUUUUCUUAUGCCAAAGUGACCAAUUCGUUCAUGUGCUUCCAAAAUUACGUCCUUUUCUAGGGUGUGUGGUAUGACUAGAUGCCAAAAAUCGGAGUUUUUAUUAGCCUUAUAAAACAAAUGGUCGUUGAAAACAGUGUAGCGUUGUAGAUACUGGUGCUCUUCUACUGGAGGGUUGGAUAACUUGCGAAUGAGAUCUGUGAUUUUAUUGUCCAUUGAUUGUGCGUUUUUAAAUUUUUCAGAUGUAAGGAGUUCGGUGUGCAGGAGCGGCGAUAUAUUGAAGGGUAACGGCACUGGUUGAUCUUCGGCUACAUAGCAUUGGAAUGUCGUUUCAUUUGCAUAGGUGUCACUUCCUUCUCUGGACAAGAAAUCAGCAGUUUGAUUUCGUUUACCUGGCAGGCAAGUCGGGUGAACCUGAGAUUUCGGCCGUUGAAGAGGAAGGACAGGUAAUCUCGAGAUUCUUCGGCCACUUGUACCUGCCAAUAUCCGGCGCUGAGGUCGACGGUGGAGUAUAUGGUCUUGCCAUGGAACGUCUGCAACACCUGAUCGAUCUGGGCGGGAGCUUCACGGUCGUCGUCGAGAAUCAUGUUCAGCUGGCGGGCGUCGAGACAGAGUCGGGUGGAGCCGUCCUUCUUCGAAACGCAGGUAAUACCAGGAAGGAGUAUGGGAAGCACUUUCCUUCGACUUGGAUCUCCAGGAGGCAUUGUUUAGAUAUUCGGAGACGACGUCCUGGUGUGACACCUGAUAGGUAGGUUGAGGUUAACGGUAAUGUGGCUAUUUCUGUUAUGUUUUUCAGGCGGGAAUAAGAAUCAUUCUGGAUUAAGCUAACUUGUGAUCCAGUAUCUAUGAGAGCUUUGAAUUGUAGGCUGGCUAUUUGUAUGGUUAUAUAGGUUUGAAAAUGUUCAUGUAUUUCUUGGAUGCUGGAGUUUUCUUCUUCUAGUAAGGUUUCUCUGAUGUUAUUAUAUAGCGUGGUAAGGCAUGUAGGUUCUUUUCCUGUAUCUGGAGCAGUGGGGUUGUCUAGAUUUUCCAUUCCAUUCAUUUUUGCAGGUUGGGUGGGCUUAAACCGUAUAGAGCGGCAACGACGGUAGAUUCCUCUGAGUUUCGGUUGUUUACCUUGGAUUAUUUCGACUGGCGGGGUUGACGGAUCAGUAUUUUUACUUGGCGGUUGUUCUUCUGCUAAUUGAUUAUCAUUUCUCUCCGUGUGUAGACAGGUGAUGGACGACUGUGGCGGGUGAUUUCCAUAUAGUCAGAUUUUCUGCGGCGUUGAUGACCCUUGUGUUUUCUCAGCCAUAUCCGAUUUUCUUCCCUGAUUUUCGUUGGGCGUCGUUUGAUGCUGAUUUGCGCUCGCAUUUCCCAUCCGGUUGUAGUUGUUGUUCCGGCUAUGCGCGGCGUUGUUGGAGUAUUGGUUACGGUGUUGGUUUA